UGUUGAUAUGCGCACUGGUCAUCGUGUGUGCGACAAGAAGACCGAAAAAUACCGAGUACUAACGAUACGAUUUCUGGAAAAAACGGUUAACAGUCAAUCGGUGCCGGUCGUCCUCGGUCUACACCUCUGACGUUCUCCGUUCUCUCCGUCUCCGUCUUCUUAUCCCGUUUUCCCGAUCAGUGCUGCAGAAAGACGUACGCACGUCAACUUCUCUCGAACCAAGUACAAGACCGUUUGAUGUUCCCGGCACGGCCGCCGAGCUCGCGGUCAACCGACGAAUUGUGCUAACGGAACUAGACGCUGUUGCUGGCGGUUGCGGUCGACCGUCCGACGCGUCACCCGUUACCAGUAAUCUCAGAGUCAGUUGUGGACGGAGGAGACGUCACCACAGCAGCUGCCGAUUCGCCCCGUAUCCCGGAGCUGGUGGCCAAACCACAGACGUGACUAUGUUCAAAUGGGGAUAUCCGUUGCCCGAUGGUGGUGUGGCCGGCCGUGGCACUAACACCACCACCACUAGUAGUACCAUGCUCCCUGGGUCCAUUGUGCCGCCGCCUCCACCACCUCAGAUGAAUCAUCAUUCAACUAGUUUUACUACAUUCACGCCAUCCGACUUUCAGCAGUUUCCCUAUACUUUUUCUUCCGUCUCUCCACCUACAUACAGUUGGGCUAAUACCAAUAGCACAGACGUUAUGAAGUUCACCGGAACGAGUAACCCAUUGCCCCUGGACACAUCUUCUUAUCGGCCCUGUAACUUUGGAUCGGUUCCAAAGCGAAAAAUCGAUUUGGAUGCAGAACUUCCACAGCCUCCCAAAAUGCGAAUAACAGAGGAAAAAGUAUCUGCCAGCUUAAGAGAUAUGCACAUUAGCAAUGAAUUUAAAACUCACAACUAUUGUGUUAACAGUAAUGUCAGUGAUAUGGAUACAAUAGAGAAUAAUUCAAGUGCUAUGAAUAUUGUACCCAUUGAAACGACCAAAACAGAAGCUCAGACUACAUUAGUUAUGUGUGAAGAAUUACGAAAACUUAACAAAAUUGAUUCCAUUGUACCUCAACCAUUUCUUAGUGUAGAACGACCAACUAAAGCGGUUGUUUUGUGGAAACCUAAGCCUAUAGUGGAAGUAAUUCGUUCAUAUUCUGAUUAUAAUACACCAAAGUCCACGGUAGUCAUUACUGAAAUCACUGAUGAAGAAGCAAUAAAUAAUGAAGAUGAAAUGUUCGUCGAAGAGGAUAACACUAUCCCCAUCGAUGAUGAUGAAAUGGAAUUAUGAUGGAACUUGGACAUAUCACAAACAAUCCUUAAAUUUUUGGACUCACGGGAGAC